AUGCAUUUGGCGAAAGAUUUCAAUGCAGUAUGUGAAAGCGAGUUUCCGGCGCGAGCGAUUGCAGAACAUCUGACGCGUGCCAACUGCUCGAUGGAACCAGCCGACAUGCAGCGCCGUAAAAACAUGAUCCUGGCGACGAAGACAACACUGGCCGAAUUAAAGGAACUGCUGAGUAACGACCGCAGUCCGAUAUGCUCAUCCCGACCACAGCCAAUCCUCGAGCCAACAAUUCAAAGUCGGCUUACGCAUUUCUCCAUGGUUUCGCAUGGAUUCGGGUCGCCGGCAAUGGUGGCAGCAAUCAACGCGAUCAUGAAUUGGCUCAAUGAAUCGGUGAAAUUGCUUGAUGACACGAAGUAG